AUGGCCAGUUCAGCUGCUCUGCUUGUGUCUAUCAGUCACCAGGUAGGGGCUCUCCACACCCUCCAGGCUGCCACAGUCUCCCAUUUUCCCUGCAGCCCCCCACAAACUUCCCACACCCAAACCUUCAGCACCAGCAGGUCUGGCCCAGCUUGGCAGAGCCCAGGAGACGAGAUGGAGUCGUACAAGCUUGGUGGUGCUCAAGAGGUGCAGGAAGAAAGAAACGCACAAGGGAAAAGCCCUAAGGAAGAAGAGAGGGCAGAUCUACAUCCUUUCAGCCCAAGUGAGCCCAGGCCAGAGAAGUUGGCCCAGCCAGGGCUGGCAAGGCGUGAGACACUUAGAGAGACAGUUCUGCGCAGCAAGAUGUCCCGACUAGCAGAAGCAACUUCCCUGCUUGUACAAGUAGAACAAACUCUCCUGCUCCCUCUUCUACAGCAGCAUUCUCUUCCUAUCUACCCAAAAGAUAGUAUUGAAUUUAGAAACAUCUGUAGUCAUAUGGCUUUACAAAGAGAACAACAACAGUUUGAGAGGGACUUGCAUGAAGCCUGCCAGUGUUUGAAGACCAUAAUUGAGAAGCUCAUUUUUUCAGCUGCAAUUUUCCCCUCAGAUUCUUAUAUCCUGGUCCAAUCUGCUCUGACAAAAGUCCUGCAAAAUCUCUUGGCAAUAUGA